AUGGCACGUUGUGCAGCGGCAAGCACGGACGGUACCGAUACUCGAGAGGUUAAUCAAGGCAUAGCACAGUUCUACGACCAGUCGACUGGUGUCUGGGAGGACAUAUGGGGAGACCACAUACAUUACGGGUUCUGCGACCCGGUUUCCGGGACUGAUUCGGAUCACCGGGCUGCCCAGAUACGAAGGAUACAAGAGGCCCUCAGUUUCGCCGGCGUUUCGGAGGACCCAGGAAAAAGGCUAAAGAAUGCGCUUGAUGUUGGGUGUGGGAUAGGAGGCACCACCAAGUACAUAGCAAGGAAACAUGGAGCCAAAUGCAUAGGCAUCAACCUUAGUCCCAUCCAAAUCCAGAGGGCCAAUGCUCUUGCUGCAGCUGAAGGAUUAGCUGACAAGCCAUUUUCAGAUGGGCAGUUUGAUCUGGUUUUGUCAGUGGAGUGUGGAGAGUAUAUUCCUGACAAAAGAAAGUUUGCUGCUGAGUUGGCUACUCUGAAUGAGCUAGACCCAUUAACCAACAUGCUGAGUGGAAGUGUAGAGAAUUUGUCAUUUUCGCUUGAUAUUAAGGCAGCAGAUUGGACUCAAUAUAUUGCCCCAUUUCUUCCUUUAUUAUUUCGCUCGGCAUUGACAUGGAAGGGCCUGUCAUCUCUGCUGCCAUCUCUGCUGCGCGGUGGUAAGCUUAGCCUUCAUUGCUAG